GCUAACAUGGGUGUGAUGGCUUGUGUAGACGUCACAGCAUCUCUCAACAGCUUCCUGGGGCCAUCCGUCAUCCCGUUAAUGACGGGGAGCCCUGGAAAUACAUCGACCUCCGUUAUCUCGCAACCAUGACCGACGUUCCGGCGAUAAUAAACAUCGCAAUUUCCUUGAAAAUCCAACCCAAUGACGGACCCGUGUUUUAUAAAGUGGACGGGACGAGGUUCGGCCAGAGCAGGACAAUCAAAUUGCUAACAGGAUCGAAAUACAAAAUCGAAGUGAUCGUGAAGCCGGGUAACGCGGAGGCCACCACAAUGGGAAUCGGCGGAAAGAGCUUCCCUCUGGAGCAGCAGUCCAAAGAUGAGGAGCAGAUCGUCUACAAUGGCUCCUACGACACUGAGGGAGUGCCACACACCAAGAGCGGGGACAGACAACCUGUGCAGGUCUUCAUAGAGUUCAAAGAUGCCGGCAUGUUUGAAACCGUAUGGCAAGUGAAAUACUACAACUACUACAAGAGAGAGCACUGCCAGUUCGGCAACAGCUUCAACUGCAUCGAGUAUGAGGCUAAGCCUAACGAGACCCGCAGCCUCAUGUGGAUAAACAAAGAGGUCUUCCUGUAAAACACAAGCGGAGCAGCAGCAACAGACCUGCACAAUAUGUCCUGUAACCAUCAUGGGGCCGCUGUGUGCGAGAUAGAUGACUGCAAAGUGCUCAAGUGAAGUAAGAUGUGACUAAGGCUCCAAACA